AUGGGAGUGUUUUACAACGUUUUCAGCAAUAUUACAUUUACCGAUAUUUUGACCGGAUUGCUCUCUCUAACAUGCAUAUACGUAAUACAUUUCUAUUAUAAACACUUUACCCGCGUUAAUCCAUUCCCCGGCCCAACGCCAAUUCCGUUGAUCGGCAGUCUCGCGAUUUUCAUGGAAGACAUCGACGCCUGGUUUUGGAGAUUAAAUAAAGAGUACGGACACAAUGGCGUAUACGAAUUGAAUAUUGCUGGCAAUAGGCAAAUCGUCAUCACUCGCGCGGAAUAUGUCGACAGUCUCGUGGCUACCGAUACAAAGGCGCAUAUUAUGAGAACUGCAAAUAACGGUCUAUUGGAUCUAUUUGAUCUUGAAAAGAAAGGAGUAGGAUUGAAUCACGAUUACAAUUAUUGGAAAUUUAAUCGUCAUAUCUUUACGCAAGCUAUCAUGCCAUUGAGUUUAACCGAUAAACCGAGCAUUAUUUUAAACCAACUGUAUGAAGAAAUGGCACAACAUUGGAUCGAUUUGAAGCAACAAGGCGAGAAGGGAGCCGUUAUCGAUAUCUCUGUUUGGAUGCGUCAUUUUACGGCGGAUUUUAUAUCCAUGUUGACAGCUGGCAGGCGAAUGGCUGUCAUGCAGCAUUAUUGUCAGAAACUAAAGAAUGAACCGCUCACCGAAGAAAUACUCGAUACCGAAGAGUUUGUCGCAUGCAUCAAUAACUUUGUAUCAGAUAAUCAACUUGUAUUUGUACCAAAAAUUUUAAGAAAUUUGCCUUUAAUUAAACCUCGUGUGGACAAGCUGCUGAAGAAUUGUAACCGAUUUUACGAGAAACUGGUGGAUAUUGUUAAAGAAAAAAGACAAGAAGUUGAAAAAGCAAUCAUGCACGGCGAACUUGACACGAAACGGAUGGAUUUGCUGACAUCUUUAAUCAUUGCCAAUACACAAUACGAUCCUCAUCCCCAAGAAAAAGUUGAUCCAUCAUUGACAAGACCAAUGACUGAUGAUGAAAUUCGUGGUGUCAUGUUUGACGCGUUUGUUGCCGGUACAGAUACGACCGUAAAUACUUUUUGCUUUGCAUUAUAUUACAUCACGCAUCAUCCAGAAGUUAAAAAGAAAAUGCUGGAAGAGAUCAAGACUGUGUUUAAAAACGACCCAGACAGACCGAUAACAUUAGAAGAUCUUGCAAAAUUAAGAUACGUUGAAGCGAUUAUUAAAGAAACGUCAAGGAUAAGACCUACGGUUAGCAUGGUCUCGAGAUACAGUAAUCGACCUGACGAAAUAGCAGGACACGUGUGGCCGGCCAACACGUUAUUUAUAAUGUACGUUCGUGGAAUCAACAACAAUCCGCUUUAUUGGAAAGAACCUGAUAGGUUUAUCCCGGAAAGGUUUUAUGGGUCUCAAGGGAUACAUAAAAAUUCGUUUUCAAUGUUUGGUGGAGGUCCGAGAAUGUGUCUAGGUAGAAAAAUUGCAAUCAUCGAAUUGAAAACAUUAUUGGCCGCAGUAUACAGAAAUUUUGAUGUCGAAUUGGUAGAUAUGGAAGCGCCCGUUAAAGUAGAAACUUCAACAAUCACAGUCUGUAAAGACUUAAAUAUUAGAGUUAUUCCUAGAAAACUGAUCAACUGA